AUGGAUGAAGUGGAGAAAGUCUACCGGUAUCCUCUUCGACGGUCGGUGCUCAAGGACGCUAAAAGGAAAAUUGUUCAGGAUAGUGGUGAGGCCCGAGAUGAUCUACAGCAGCGAGUACUGGCCCUAGCCUCGAAGAAGAGUUGGCGAAACGUGAUCAAGGAGGUUCUCGCCGAAGCUAAGGUAAUGGCAGAAGAUGCCGUAGAUGGAAAGAAUGGAGACGGCUGA